CCCUUUUCUCCGCCGAGCGCCGAGCUCGGGGCCGGGGCAGCCCCAGCAUGGGGAGCCGAGGCCGAGGCAGCUGGCUCUGAAGAUGUGCGCUCCCACCCCAGGCCUCAGAAGGGUGAUGGUGCUUCUGGCUGCAGCCCUGGUGUCGGCCUCAGUCGCCGUCGGGGAAGACUGGCGAGAGGAAGGUGUGCAGUACGGCCAGGUGGGAGCGGACGUCAUCCUGUCGUGUGCCAGCCCCCCCGGACGUGCCCAGCCUCUUGUCCCCAGCUUGGAGGUGGAGUGGCGGCGGGACAGGGCGGCCGCGCUCCCAGAGGGCUGCAUCCUGCGGGAUGGCGACCUGCUGCUGCCACAGGCCAAGCUUGCUGCGGGAGGAGCCUACAGCUGCCAUGACGGGACCGGGCAGAUCCUCCGCUCCAUCUUCCUCCGGCUGGGCUACCUGCCCGGGAUCCCGUCCGUCACCUGCCGAGCUUCUGACUAUGAGAAUUUCUCCUGUUCCUGGACACCCAGCGUGGAGACGUUCCUCCCCACCAGAUACAUCACCACCUACCGGAAGAAAUUGCUGAUGGGCGACGAGAAAUGGAGGACCCCGAGCAGCCAGGUGGGGCCGUGCGUGCAGGACCCCGGGCGCCCGCGCACGUGCACUGUGCCCAAGUGUGAGUUCUGGAGCUCCUACCGGCUCAACAUCACCGAGGUGAACCCGCUGGGCUCCAGCUUUCGGCUGCUGGACGUCACCAUGCAGGCCAUCAUUAAGCCGGACCCUCCGGAAGGGCUGGUGGUGGAGCCGGUCCCGUCGGCCCCGCGGCGGCUGCGGGUCCGCUGGCAGUACCCAGCCUCCUGGCCCAAGGAGCCCCACUUCCAGCUGAAGUUCCGGCUCCAGUACCGGCCCGUUGCGCACGGCUCCUGGUCCACGGUGGAGACCGUGAACCUCUCUGAAGUCAUCACCGACGCCUUCUCCGGCCUGGAGCACGUGGUGCAGGUCGGCGCCAAGGACUUCCUGGACGCCGGCAACUGGAGCGAAUGGAGUGCCGAGGCGCGGGCCACGCCUGGGCCAGGCCUGACCGUGGCGCCAGGCGAUGAAGCCACCACUGAUGCCGGCCUGGAGAGCCCGGCCGAGGAGCCCUCGCUGGCCCCCAACCCUGAGCCCAUCGAUCGCAGCGACCCCAUGGAGAAGGUGGCCAUCCUGAUCUCACUCGGGAUCUUCGCGUUCUUCAUCCUGGCCGUGGUCCUGGGCAUCGCCAGCAUCGUCUGGCUCCGUCUGAGAAAACCCAGCAAAGACGAGACCAAGAAGCACGACUUCCUGGCAGCUGCCGUGCGCAUGAGAGCCCUGCCCAAAGCCCAGAUCUUGUAGCAGGACCUGCAGACACCGCUGCUCGCCCGCCCCGCCCAGGACUGUGCCACCCGCCCCUGCCAGCGCCGCGCCCGGACCCCAGCACAGACACUCGCUGGCGUGGAGGGAGACGACACCCGGGAGCCACAGGGACAGACAGCGGGGUCGGUGCCAUGGUCCGUCCCUGCACUGUGGGUGCUGCUGCUGGUGCCAGCGUGUGGACUUGAGCUGGAUCCGCACCCGGUGGGGACUGGCCUGGGGCUGAGGCGGGGGCAGCGCUGGGGCGUCCACGGAGCUGAGAGGGGGCACGGGGACCCCAACCCAGCCUGCUCUGCUGCCAGGUGUGGAUGGGGUCCUGGAGGAUCCAUGGACAUUGGGAGCCCAGCUGGGGGUGCCAGCGGGCGUGUGUGGGUGACACUGACCCCCACCCUCCCUGAACCCCCACCCUCCUGUGGCUGGGAGGACUCCCCCCCCCCCCCCGGGCUUGUCCGGUCCCUCGGGGCAGCGCGCCGGGAUCCCAAUAAAGGGGGUUGUGACAG